UGACCACUUCAUUUUGGACUGAGCCUGACCAGGCUUCUUCAUACCACAGGCACAUAGUCGAGCAUCAUCUGGCUUUAAGCAUUUAUACUGGAAAAUUAUGGAAAAAGUUUUGAUUGUUCGUUCUAGGCUACCUACAUACCAUCUCACAUCAAAACGCAAGAGGAAAGUGGUGAUAAAUCCAGAAUUUCACCUCCUGAGUCCCAAUUUUCGUGAGAACUAUAUCAAGGCGAAGAAGAAAGCUGAUCGAUUUGAGGAGGUUCAGCAGUGUAAAUAAAAUCUGGAAAGAGAACAAGAGACUGUUUAAUAACCUCAAGAAUUGUAAAGGUCAAUUAUAUAAACUUAACCCUAAGAGGAAGAUUAAGGAUUUGAAAAGUCCUCACCCGAAAAUUGACAAGAAAGACCCAGCUGGAUUUUUAUCCUCGGAUAUGGUCAAGGCGAAGAAGGCCGAUAGAAGUGUUUCAAGUAUUCGCAAGCAUAAUUUCUCGACAAAUGGCUUUCAUUCAGUCAAAGAGAGCAAACGUAAAGCCCAGAAAUAGCUUUGAUUCAUUCUCAUCAGAGCCUUACACAAACAGAUUGGAAACUAGUCUGGACAAAAGCACUAGUAGCCUUCACAAGGAAAAAGUUAGACGAAUAAAUGAAGGAAAUAGAAGACUCCAAGAAUCUUUAAACAACGUAAAGCCCACUAUUUGUAUCAAGGAUUUGAAAUAACCAGAAGAGCUUUAAGAAUCCGAAAAAGAGUUAUCAGAAAUUUGUAGAGCUGGUCAAUGUUGUAAAGCCAGUAAAAGCCAUUUCUAAGGAGAAAUUGUUAGUAAAUACUAAACGGAAAUCCAGAAGGUGGAAACAAAAGUUAAAUUUGCCAGACAUCAAUCAGCACAUACCACUAUUCAAAAGGAAUGCCUCUAGAGUUGACCAGGUUAGUCCUGCUAAGAAUGAAGAGAUCUUGGCUCAGAUUAACCAAAGCACUGUUGAUAAGUACUAUUCAUUUGAUCGGAAAUAACAGCAGGCAAAAUUCUUUCUAUCAAGAAAGCUCUAUGAGCAUUCUAAAAAAUCAUGAGAUGAUUAUUGAGAAGAACAUUAAGAAGUAUUUGGAGAAUAAGCCGUUGGGAGUUCCAGAAGCAGUAUUUACUGAUAUCAGUACGAAGUCUAACUCCUCUCUAGACAAUUAUAAAAGGAAGAAGCAAGCAUUUAAAUGUCAGCGGCUGAGGAGUAUCACUGAAGAGAUGGCUGUUCCUACUCAGAGAGAAGAACAAAAGAAGAUCUAUACUAAGUCUGGGAUUAAAUUGAAUAUUAUUUUUUAGUACAAAUUAUUCAA